AUGAAUUAUAAUGAAUAUUCAGGACAUAUUUUAGAAGAAGAAACAGAAUAUGAAAGAUAUUCUCGAUUAGUGAAACAAAAUUCAGAUGAUUUUGAAUCAUGGGAGGCUUUGAUAAGAAUAGUAGAGACUGCAGAUGGGGGGUUAAAUAGAAAUUCUUCUCCACAAGCUAUUGGUACUAUGAGAAAUGCAUAUGAUCGAUUUCUUACAAAAUUUCCGUUAUUAUUUGGAUAUUGGAGAAAAUAUGCGGAAUUAGAAUUCUCUAUAGCUGGAACAGAGGCAGCAGAGAUUGUUUAUGAAAGAGGAGUUGCAGGUAUAUCUAAUUCUGUUGAUCUUUGGACAAAUUAUUGUGGAUUUAAAAUGGAGACAAGUCAUGAUGCAGAAGAAACAAGAGAAUUAUUUGAACGUGGAGCUACUCAUGUUGGUUUAGAUUUUUUGUCACAUCCUUUUUGGGAUAAAUAUAUUGAAUUUGAAGAACGUAUGGAAGCACCUGAUCGUAUUUUUAUGAUUUUAGAUCGUGUUAUUCAUAUCCCAAUGCAUCAAUAUGCUCGAUAUUUUGAGAGAUAUACUCAGGUUGGAGCAACAAGGCCUAUAUCAGAACUUCUUCCACCUGACAUAUUAAACUCUUUCAGACGAGAUGUUCUUGCUGAACCAGCUUCUUCUAUCCAGGCUGGACAACAACAAAUAAAAAUGGAACGUGGUGAACUCGAAAUUGAAAGGGAAACUAGAAUGAGGAUACAUAAUUUGCAUUUGGAAAUAUUUAAUCGUACCCAAGUAGAGACCACAAGAAGAUGGGUGUACGAAGCAGAAAUACGUCGUCCAUAUUUUCAUAUAACUGAAUUAGAUGAAGCGCAAUUAGUUAACUGGAGAAAAUAUUUAGAUUUUGAAGAAACAGAAGGGAAUUUCAAAAGGAUUCAAUUUCUUUAUGAGCGUUGCUUGGUUGCAUGUGCACUAUAUGAUGAAUUUUGGUUCCGAUAUGUUCGGUGGAUGUCUGCACAGGAAAACAAAGAAGAAGAAGUCCGAUUGAUAUACCAACGCGCAUGUUCUACUUUUGUUCCUGUUUGUCGACCCGCUAUUCGUCAUCAAUAUGCUUAUUUUGAAGAACAACUUGGUCAUGAAGAUAUUUCUAGAGCUAUGUUUGAAUCUAUACUUGUUAAGCUCCCUGGUCAUAUAGAAACUAUUAUUUCAUGGGUUAAUAUGGAACGACGUCUUUCUUCUAGUAUUGAUAAUUCUAUUGCUAUAUUAAAACGAUUUAUUGAUAGUAAUACGUGUGAUAUUUAUGCAAAAGCAGCAUUAACUACUGAAUGGAUAAGAUUGAUAUGGAAGUGCAAAGGUUCUGUUGAUGAAGCUCGUGAAAUGUUUCAAAAAAAUGCCCCUAAAUAUCUUGAUAGCCGUUAUUUUUGGAUCAAUUAUCUUAUGUUUGAAAUGGAACAACCUGUUUCUCCUGAUACUGCAGAAAAAGCGCAUUGUCGUAUUCUUAAUGUCAUUACUCAGAUUAGAAAAACGGCUCGUCUUCCUCCACUUGUAACUAAAGAUUUAACACAUAUUUAUAUGGUUUAUCUCCUAGAACGCGCACCUAUUUCAGAUGCCAUUUUAGAAUAUAACAGGUUAGAUCGAGAAGUGAAUGGGCCUUUUAGUGUUCAGAUUGAGAAUAAACAAAGAUUGUCAGAAGAUGGUGAUGCUAAAACAUAUGAACGCAAACUUCGACUCACAAAUGGACAUCCUGGUGUAGAGAUCAAUGAAGCAGAUAUCCGUGCUGGAAAAAAUCCUUAUGAUCAGUAUUAUAUCGAGCAAGGAGAAAUACCACCUAUUACGGUGGGACACAAUGCUCAACAAGAAACUUAUUCGUAA